UAGAGUUGAAGUAAAAAUUAUACUCCAUUAAAGUUUUUAGAGGACCGGCUAGGAUCGCCGUAAGGGAGUAAACCGAAAAUUUUACCCUUAUGGCGGUAUUGGGUAUCGGUUAGAAAUGUCCUAACCGUGCAAAAUAAGCACAGUAGUGUAAAUGUAUUGUUUUAGAUUGUGAAGCAGGAGACCAGUUGCUUCUUUUACCGUGUGCCGCUCACUGAACCAGUUGCAACUUCAGAGACACCGGACACCGGAGAGAGACAGGGGUGAAGAUGCAGGUUGCAGCUGGCUCGCAGGGCUCACAGGCGGUGAUGGAGAGGGGCGACCAGCAGAGCGCCAAGAAACCAAGGCUGGCUGCUGAGCCGCUCCUCCAUGCCCCAGUGAAGCAGGAGAUCGUCGUGCAUCAACCGGCCGGAGACGCCACUGAAGAUCUCCAGGACGCCGCCGAGCUGACCGCUGACGGAAUGGCCGUGGACGCGCGCCGACCCGUACGUCACCCGAACCAGCGCGGGGACGUCGCCUGCCCCCGCUCGGGUGGUAUACGGCCAAGGGCUUGCCCCCCGGAAGUCACGAGCCAUCGCAUCCAGACACGGCACCGAUGGCGGCGAAGGUGCUCCAGCUCCGUAGCUCCGACGGCAAGGUGCUCGUCGCUCCGGCGUGGGACUAUCGCCCGGCCGCCGCCCAAGCCCUCCCGCUGGAGAUGCGGGUGCCCUCGCGCGUCCUCGAGAGGGUGCUCCAGUACUGGACCAAGCACAGCCUGGCCAAGGCCACCGGUGAGUCCCGGGAGUCCCUCGCCCGCUGGGACGCCGACUUCCAGCGCCGUCUCCAGGAAGACGGCCUCGCCAAGGAGGCCGCCGCAGCCGCCCAAGAACUCCGCCGCUACGGCGUCGACCAUGGAGGGCGUCCCCAUCGCCACGCCGCCACGGCCGCAUCUGAUGUCGCUGCUCCUGCCAAGGCGGCCCGUGCUGAUCCCGUCCGUGUCUGGUGUGUCAACCACGGAGAACGCAGCCAUGCGCCGGCGAUGCCCGGCUCCUUGGAUGCCUCUGAUAUUGCCUCCGCCGCGCGCCCUGGGCCUGCCACCACCUUGCCGGCUGCUGCUGGUGCUGACCCCGUGGAUGUCCGGUGCGCCAUCCGUGCCCGUGGACGCCAGAUGGCUGAAGACGAGGAGUCCGCUUGCCACCACCGCAAGCGCCCGGCUUCCAAGGCUCCACUCUGCCUGCCUGCCACUGCUGUUGCGCCCGUGAAGAAGGUCUCUCGUCCCGUCGCUUCCAAGGCUCGCUCUUUCGUCGGCUCUACACCACUGCCUGGCAUUGCUGCUGCGCCCGGUGUGAAGAAGGCGACUCCAGCAGCUUCAACUCUGCGCGCUCGACGAGGGAUGGGGGAGCUCAGCUGCAAGAUUCCGAAGCAAAACCGUGUCACCGCUGCAGCACCAAGGAAGCAACCAAUUCCUUGGCUGCGUCCAGUGGUAUUACGCCCUGCUUGCUAGUCUUUUAUAGCUUCCUGAACCAUGCACACAUGAGUUUCAUUUAAUCUUUGCAUCUCUAGGUUCUGCACUUAAUCACCAAGAUUUCUAGUGUUCUUUGAAUUCCUUUCAGUCAUUAGUAAUUUUACAAGAGUCUCAGCAGAGUCUCCAUCUAGCUAGGCAGCAAAAACCUUGUUAAGAUGUGUACGACAUAGUUACCACUGCAUCCAUACCUGGUCCUAAGUUAAGGGUUUAAGUAAAUAAAGGGCAUCUUCAAUAAAUCAAAGUGAAGCAGAUGAGCCAAAAAAAUUGGAAACUCAUGUACUGCAAUUCCGGCACGAGACAGCGUAAAACGCACUCGCCGCAAAAUCCAAAAUGCCUGUUUGCUACCCGGCUUGUAGCAGGAAAAAGGAGUAGAAUUGAACUUGUCGAUACACACGUAAUCAUGUGAGCUGCCUAGCAUUUGGAGACUAUGCUGACUCUCCUGUAAAAUUAAUCUUGGCUGAAUUGAUUCUUAGGCAUUGGCAUCUUAGUGAGUUAAAGUAGCAGUUUCCGAAGAGUAACAUUGGUUAGUGAACUCUUGUGUGUAUGUGUGGGUGAAGCUUUCAGCUAAGCAAGUCCUUGAUGUACUGACUAUCAAGUCAUACUGUAAUCAAUUUUGGAUAUGAAUGAGAAAAUUGUUGGCCUGAA